GACCUCUUGAACUACGGGCGUCUCUCUCGGAUGACCAGUCUGCCCUCUGUCUCUCUGGUAGAUAGAGUCGCCAUUCGAAACAGCUGCGACUCCACACCAGAUCUGAUUCAGGAAGUAACAACAAACGAGCAUCGCAGUAGCCGUGGUGAGGAAGUGCCCGGAAGGAUUUCACCGCGAUCUGGAUUCUACCGUUAGUGUCUGUGUUCGUGCUGGAAACAGCUUGCUGGAUACCUCUCUUAUUCGUGCGGAGGAAGAAUGAACGUAGCAGUUAAUCGAAAGAAAAUUCUGUUUUAAAAUUUGUUUUAAUAAUAUAUAAUUUGCUAUUGUAUAUUGCUUGUGACACAUUGUAGUGCUGUGCCUUGAUUUAUUACGUACAGCCUUACCCUAAAAUAAUAAAUAUUUUAAGAGUGUUUAUCAGCAGAAAUGAAAUAGUGAACUCCGUUGAUAAUGAAGUACUGAACCCAUAGAAAAAUCUGGCAGUUCUUAUAACGGUAACUCUUUGUUGAAUUUCAAGGGAUGUACUUUUCUCGCCAAGGGUAAACAAGAAAAAUCAAAUUGUGUUUACAAACCGAAGAAAGUUCGUGAUAAUUUGACUACUGGGGGCGAUAAAUACCUGUAAUUAUCCAACAGGACAUUAGGAAGAACGGAGACUAUGAUUAAUCCACUUUAUCACAUCAUUACUCAUUCUUAAUAUAAAUUUAAUCUAAGUUUCGAAUGUUUGUAAAUAUUUUUCAUCACACAAUUUUUGAUCAAAACAUGACAAAAGAAACGUCAUUCAGCGAAGUGCAUAUGUUUCAUACUGGAGUGCACUUCAAGACAAGGCGGUAUUUUAAAUGGAUACAACCACUGAAAUACAAAGACACUUGCUUUAACAUUUACCACAUCAAAGCUGCAGUAUAAAAACAUCGCUCAGCGGUUCUGAUUCCAUUCCAAGGAAAUUUUACAUCCAAGAAAUUUCUACGGAAAUACUGAACGAGUUGAUUCACUGGAUUAAGAAAUACUGUAGCAUCUGUUGAUUUCCUAGACCCAGGAAAUUCGCCGUAUUCCUCAACGAUUUCGAAGACGACAUAUAAAAAAAUUAUAUUUCAUCUGUGAACAACGUUUCCGGUCAGUUAAUGCAAUGUUCCGAGAAUGAACGCUCCCAAAACAACGCUACAAGCAAACCAAUGUCGAAAAAUAGUGACAUAACCUUCGUAGUGUUCAAGGAACGCUUGUGAAUUUAUGCGUUUUGUAGUGCCAAUAUUUGUGGUUAGUGUUUUUGGAGCGGAUAGUAGUGAACAGCAAAGCAUCCUGUCAGAACUAUUUGUGCGUGCGUGCAAAUGGAGGUGCAGUGUGAGACAGCCUGCUCGAACAGUUCUGGUCGGUCUGAAAUUUUGCCUCUUCCGACGCUGCUCCUCAGUAUGAAGCACUGUGACGUGGGGACAUCAGAGGACCUGCACAUCUCUCGUCUGCCUCAAUAAGUCAACUUCAGACAAAUUCCUCAGAAAUGGACAGCAGGAAGCCGGGCCCUGGGGAACAUGGAUCCCGCGUGAGCUGUCUCGAUACCUUCCGGUCGCCGGAAGCGUGUGCCAUACAAAUUUGAAAGAUCAGCUUUAUCAACAUUCGCCUCGGAAUUUAUUGGAACGUUUAUUUUGGUUCGGUUUGAGUGAGAGGCUGUUUGCUUGUCAAGGACUCUACUCCGUGGAGCGCUUACGGACCGUCUAGUCCCACCCGUUUAUUCCUGUGCGCAGAACUUGCGAAGCAGAACCGUGUUUCUGCAAGUUGCAUCUGCGGCCCAAGCAUGGCGACCCCGACAACAGGGUUGCCGCCGACAACCGAGUUCCUGUCGGACGACAUGAAGUUUAACGACGGACACCGGAUGUCCAUUAUCACGUACAGCGUGCUGAUGGCGGUGUCCGCCGUCGGCAACAUCACGGUGCUGGUGAACAUCCUGAGGAGGCGCCGGUCCCUACGCUUUGGCAACAACUACAUGUUCAUGCAUCUAGCUAUUGCAGACCUCCUGGUGACUUUCCUGAUGAUGCCACUGGAGAUUGCGUGGAACACCACCGUGUCCUGGAGAGCAGGAGACGCCGUAUGCAGGAUAAUGUCCUUCUUCAGGACGUUUGGACUUUAUCUGUCCAGCUUCGUCAUUGUUUCUAUCAGCCUGGACCGGUGUUUCGCCAUCUUGAGACCCAUGGCGAACGUGGUGAACGUGGCGAAACGUGGCAAGAUGAUGCUCACCGUGGCCUGGUCGCUUGCAACCUUGUGCAGUACACCACAGAUGGUGAUUUUCCACGUGGAGAGACACCCGAAUGUCACGUGGUACGAGCAGUGCGUGGCCUUCAACAUGUUCCCGACGAAGCUGCAUGAGCUAACGUACCGCGUUCUGGGGAUGGCGAUGAUGUACGGCCUGCCGCUUGUGGUCAUCAUUAUCUCCUACGCCUGUAUCAUCGCGGAGAUCUUCAGGCGCUACCAGCUGUCCCAGGACGACAGCUUCCGGCGUUCAAGCCUGGUGUUUUUGACCAGGGCCCGAACCAGGACCCUCAAGAUGGCCAUCAUCAUCUUCGUGGUUUUCUUCAUCUGCUGGACGCCUUACUACGUCAUGUGCCUCUGGUAUUGGAUCGACGAAGCGUCAGCAGGAGCUGUGGACCAGAGGGUCCAGAAGGGUCUCUUCCUGUUUGCCUGCACCAAUUCAUGCAUGAAUCCCAUCGUGUAUGGAUAUUUCAACUUCCGGUCCCGCCGAGGAAGUGGACACGGAGCUCCGCGACGGCGCGCUGACCAGCAGCAUCAGAACGUGAUGCCACUGAACGCCGCGGCGCUCAGCGUCAGCACGACGGGUGCAAACAGCAGGAGGGGAAGCAACUGCAGCAGCAUCUACCGGAGCAACAGCAACCAAAACAUGUGCAAAAACCUGUACAGGCCGGUCCCGAUGGCUCAUAGGAACAACAAGGGGCCGGAUCACCCCAUCGCCCGGAGUAACACGCAGACAACCUCAUUCCGAACGACAGCCAACACACCCUGACUUGGAGCUCUACUGGCAAACAGACAAACUGUAUGCGGCUGGAUGCACCCCAACUCAACACAAGCCCGGGACUUCACGUGUUCUUUCCGUACCUGGUAUUUAAAGGUGAAUGUGAAUUCGUGUAAGCAACGUGAUUUAACUUGAACCGCGUGGAGAAAACUCGAGGUAACUUUGGAAUCAGGCAAACGUGCAACCAUGUGGUACUCACCUAAAGUGAGUGCAAACAAGUCCAGAUAACCCCAAAUACUGGGUAUAUUUUACGCCAUUCCAUAAAUUUUGUAUGAACGCAUUCAACUAUCUCACACAAAUCUGAGUUCCUGUUACAAGGAUUUGUUUGUAUGUGUGAGAGGGAACCAGACAAGAACAUUGUUGGUUUAUUUGUGGCAGUGAAGUACUUUAUAGUCAAGCAAGACGUUCAAAUUACUUACUUAUAGAUUAUAACAAAGCUAUUUCGCGUAGAAUUGUUACGUACAGGAUGACAUUGUGUUAUAUGACCAUGAAUGGUGAGUGGGUUAAUUUUUGGAGAGAAAUUGUUAUGAUUUUUUGAAGAAACUGUCCUAGCGUCACCUGAAGCGAUUUACGAAAACAAUGAAAAACUUCCUAAACCACAGAGUGCGCAAUGGUGCUGGAUGAACUUCUUUGGUGAAGUUUCUUAUGGGUUGCGUUGAUCAUGCAUCCGGAUCGUUAGUGAGUAAAAUUUUGUUUUGCGCGGCGGCAGUAAUGAAGAAUGGAUGUUAAUAUGUCGAUUGGAUUCAGCUGACUCAGAAUAAAGUGAGGAUCUUCUUGAUUAUCUGAAUAAAUAUUAACAUUUCCAGAAGGAUAUGGAGUUAAAUAUGAGAUCUGAUGUUCUCACAGCAGUGGCCAUGAAGAUUACAUUCUUCUGGAAUGUCAUGUCAUGUAGUCUGAUAUGCACAUUUUUGUAUGUACGAAGCUUCUGCUUCCAUUCUCUGUCCUGAAUAUGGAGGCAGCAGAUUUCGCAGAAACAUCGAGAGACAAAUACGAUUACGUCACUAAAGGAGAUGUAACAACUCCUAACCCUAAUAAGUGAAGCCAAAACAGAAGCUUUCAUAUGAAUUGUUGAUCUCACAGGACGGAGGAAAUUGUAACAAAUGUUGAUGAACUAUUCAUCUCGAAUGACUGAAGAAACCUGGAAAAACUGCCACGAUUAAUAUGUCCAGGGUUCUAUUCUGGGACUUGAGUCAAAUGUAAUAUCUAAGAGAUAACUCAGCAUUCAGAACCCAAAUUUUAAUGCAUUUAUGAAAAAAAAAAAGAUACAAUUUAGAGAUAAUUUACGAGUUAAGAAAUGUAUGAAAUAACUUCAGUUUUUUUCAUACUUCAUGCUGGUUUUAUUUAACAAUAAAAAUGAUUUUUGUUUGUGAUUACUAUCCACUACGUAAGAUUUGGAGAUUUCAUGGUACACGCUCUAUAUAAACUUCUCUGGCGAACAGCUGUGUCAAUUGAGCCCAAAACUGACGAUUUCAGAGAUCACCGACCUUGGUGAUGAAAAUGAAGGUGACCACUGCGGCACAGACACGGCUGAUCGCCCCAGAAAAUUUAGAAUAA